ACAAAAUAGACCUGUUCUUGGAUAUUAAUCGGCAUAAAUUGGGCAAAAAUGGCAGAUUUUCUAGAGAUUCCAUACAAUGAAAGCAAUAUUCGUGUGAAUUAUUAUUGGUUAAGAGAUCAUUGUCGUUGCGAAAAUUGUUAUGACAAGAGUACGUCACAACGAAAAUUUAACUUUAUGGAAAUCAGCUUGGAUAUUCGGCCAAAAAGUCACGUAGUUGAAAAUGGAAAAUUAAUUGUUACAUGGUCUGAUGGUCAUCAAUCUUCAUACGAUUUGGAAUUUCUUUAUAAAUAUCAAUAUCAUGUGCGGCUUCCGGCUUACAAAACAUCCAAAGAAAUUUUAUGGAACCAGUCAAGUAUUCAAGAAUUAAAUUACGCGAGAGUGGAUGUAGGGGAUCUUUUAAAAAGUGACUCAACCGUUCGAAUUGUUCUAGAUAGCUUGAUAAAAUAUGGCGUGGCUUUUAUUGAAAAUGUUCCAGCGACAGAAAAAGGAACUGAAACUGCGAUAACCCGGCUUUUUCCAAUAAUGAAGACGUUUUUCGGUGAAAUGUGGACAUUUUCCGAUACAAAAGAUCACGAUGACUUUGCCUACACUAAAAACUUUUUGCCCGCGCACAAUGAUAACACUUAUUUUAACGACGCAUCUGGCUUACAAAUACUUCAUUGCAUUCAGCAUGACGGAAAAGGCGGUGAAAAUCUUGCUGUCGACGGAUUUUACGUACUUCAACAACUCAAAUCACUGCAUCCUGAAACUUACGAUCGAUUGUGCAAUGAGUACCAAGUGCCGUCGGAAUAUAUCGAACCGGGACGACACCAUCGGUACACUGCUCCCGUUGUAAAAGUAAAUUCCUUGACUGGCUGUCCAGAGCAACUGCGAUUUAAUAUAAAUGAUCGUGCGGUAUUGGACACGAUUCCCUUGGAGAAAAUGCAACAAUUUUACAAAGACAUGCAUUUGCUCGGGGGACUCAUACAAAGUAAGGAGAACGAAUGGUGGUUCAAACUAAAUCCAGGCACGGUUUUCAUAUUUGACAAUUGGCGAGUGUUGCACGGCAGACAACAAUAUACGGGUAAAAGAGUCAUGUCUGGCUCUUAUGUGUUGCGAACAGAAUUUUUGAGUGCAGCAAGAGUUGCCGGUGUUAUCGAGUAACGACGGAGGAGACACACUGAAAAGUCUUCUUACCCAAAAAUAAUCUAGAUAAUAAAAGUUUUUCUGGUACUUACCGAACCCAUAUGAUACUUUUCUGCAUCAAAUC